CAUAAGGCUGCGUCUGUGGUUCUGCUGUGUGCUUUUAAUCUUUAAGUGUUUAAAUCAAUACAACUUAUUUGGAGAAUUGCAUGUAAAACUGUGCUUAUCCUUACCUAGUGACAUUACUGAAGGUGAUUUAGUGAGAGUAAAGCGCAUGAGCAACUAAGGAGCUGAUUGAGAAUCACCCAGAGAUGAAGCUUGCAUUUAUUCUGUUAAUUAUUCUCUUCUUAAACAGGACAAAGUAUCCAAACUCUUGGAUUCACUGAGAUCCACGUGACACACUGUAAUAAAGAUGGAGGUUAUUAAAGAGGAGAGUGAAGACGUGAAGAUUGAAGACACAAUCAAACAUGAAGAUGCUGAGGAACAAACAGACAUGGUGUCAGUGAAAGAGGAGAGUCGAGAUCUGAAUGAAAUGGAAGAGAAAGAUAUGAAACAUCAUGAUUUCAUAACUGGAGAAACAUCUUUUAGUUGUUCACAGACUGAAAAGACUUCUCAAAAAAUAGCUCAGAAGACUGGAACUAGAAGACAUUUCAUCUGCCAACAGUGUGGAAAGAGUUUUAGUAAAAAUGGAAACCUUAAGGUCCACAUGAGAAUACACACUGGAGAGAAGCCUUUCACCUGCCAACAGUGUGGAAAGAGCUUCCCACGAACUGAUAGUCUUAGGAUUCACAUGAGAAUUCACACCGGAGAGAAGCCAUUUGUAUGUGGUCAGUGUGGAAAGAGUUUCCCACAUAAAGCAACCUUUUAUAAUCAUAUGAGAAUUCACACUGGAGAGAAGCCUUACGCCUGCAAACUGUGUGGAAAAACUGUGACUCACAAAGGAAAACUCAAGGCUCACAUGAGGGUUCACACUGGAGAGAAGCCUUACGCAUGUGAUCAGUGUGGAAAAUGUUUCUCGCAUAAAGAAACCCUUAAUAAGCACAUGAAGAUCCAUUUAAGAGAGAGCUGUUUUAUAUGCCAUCAGUGUGGAACAAGAUUCACAGACAGGAAUCAUCUUAAGAGGCACAUAAUGACUCACAUUGGACAGAAGCCUUUUAUGUGUUAUGACUGUGGAAGGACUUUUAUAAAAAAAGUAAACCUCAAGGCUCACAUGAGAGCUCACACUUGAGAGGAGCUUUUCACCUGCCAACAGUGUCGAAAAGAGUUUCGGACAUUAAAAAAAAACUUAAUACCCUUUAUGACCGUUCACACUAGAGAGAGGUCUUUUCAUGCAUUUUCAGUGCGAGUUUUAUAUAUCUGAAGAGUUAUUUGUAAACUCAUCCUGGCAAGACAUUUUGAGGGUGGUAAUGGCAAAAUUAAUUUGUGCACUCAUUCUGGAGAAAGUUUGGACCCCUGGGUCCAUGAAAAGUCAUUCAUUUUCAACAACUUUAAAG